UGAAAGAUGGAGUUAGACAAUAAUAGACUUUCUACGACGAUGGCUUCCAUGAUGAAUUAUACGCUCGAGCAGUCGCUCGAUUUGAGUUCACGUUUGUUAUCGAAUGCAACGACGACAAUUGCCACUACCACAAAACAUCCCAUCAUUCAAAUAUUCCACAAUCAAUCGAUACCGAAGGAAAAUCUCAGUUUCUACAUCACGGAAAAGCUACGGGAAUACCAUAAAAAUGGCGAAAUGAUGCAGUUGUAUCCGUGGUUCCGCAUGAUGUGGAAUUCCUCGAACGAAACCAUCUUCUCGCCAUGUCCAUCCAUCCAAAUGCCCAUGGGAAAUCUCAUAUCGAUGAUACUCUACACAAUUGUCUGCAUAGUCGGCCUGCUUGGCAACACACUCGUCAUCUAUGUCGUGUUGCGCUUCAGCAAAAUGCAAACUGUCACAAAUAUGUACAUCUUGAAUCUCGCGAUUGCCGAUCAGUGUUUCCUCAUUGGCAUUCCGUUUCUCAUUACGACAAUGCAUCUGGGUGAAUGGACGUUCGGCAGUACGAUGUGCAAGGCGUAUAUGGUGUCAACAUCUAUCACGCAAUUCACGUCGUCUAUCUUUCUGUUUAUCAUGUCGGCAGACAGAUAUAUAGCUGUCUGUCAUCCAAUUACAUCGCCGCGUCUCCGGACACCGUUCAUAUCAAAAAUUGUCUCGUUAAUCGCGUGGACCACGUCAGUGCUUUUUAUGAUACCUGUCAUUUUGUACUCCAACACCAUCACAUAUCCCAACUAUCCGUAUGGCGGCAAGAACAAAGUGUCGUGCAUCAUUAUGUGGCCCCAAGAUGACAACGGACUCAAAUCCCCGUCAACUUUUACACUGUACUCCCUAAUUCUCGGAUUUGCCAUUCCGCUUGCAUUGAUUCUUAUUUUCUACUAUUUAGUCAUAAGGAAACUCCGCACCGUGGGUCCCAAAUCCAAAUCCAAGGAGAAACGAAAGUCUCACCGAAAAGUAACAAAGCUCGUGCUAACUGUGAUCACCGUUUAUGUCUUGUGUUGGCUCCCCUACUGGAUAUCCCAAGUCGCUCUCAUCCACAGUCCGCCGGAUUUGUGCAAAAGUCGCUUGGAAAUUACCAUUUUUGUGCUUGUCGGAUGUCUCGGGUACUCCAAUUCGGCGAUGAAUCCCGUGCUGUAUCCCUUCCUGAGUGACAAUUUCCGCAAAAGUUUCCUCAAAGCAUGCACAUGUGCUAAACGGAAGGAGAUCAACGCUCAAUUGCAAGUGGAAAAUAGUUUUCUCACGCGUUUCGGACGCAAUCGCAACUCCGAAAAGAACAAUUCGACAUCGAAAGCCGUGCAAAAUCGAAAUUCCAAAAUUGGCAUCAGUAAUUUGGACUCGGCUAUUGUGCUGAAUGACUCGGUAGCGGUGUUGCCGUUGUCGAAUCGUGCCAGCAAUCUGACACUGAGCACAUCAUUGAAGGCAGAAACGGUAUCGUUGCGACAGGAGGGUGUUGUGAAUAACGGGAGACCACCCGUAUUGCAUACAGACUUGUAA